AAAUAAAUCCGUCAAGUUGUCAAGGUAACGCCUUUGUUUGCGGAUCAAUUGUCCCACUUUAGUGAAAUUAAUACGAUAUUCAGAUUUUGAUUUCGAGACGCUUCGGUGUCGUGUUUGCAAGUUUUUUUUUAAGGCUUUAAAGUAACAAUGAGUGACCAGAAGGCGAUAGAACCAGGAAAAAUGGUCCCUGGGUACUGUUCCGCGACCUGCACUGAUAAGGAGAGUAUGAGAAAGGAAAUUAAAAAGCCGGACGUUAAGACAUCGGAUUUAUUUGUUACCUGCAACCUUCCGAAGAGAUUCGAAUAUCCUCAUUGGUUCAAUGGUUACGGUUGCCAGGAGAGCAAACAACACCCGUUCUACAGAACAACUGCCAGCGAAUACGGGUGGUAUCCUCCAGGGAUAUAUUCCGUGCCGUCAGUAUUCUACCCUGCCGGUCAGACGUUCACGAACCGGCUGGCUUCUGCCGGAAUGUACCGGAAUUACAGCCUGAACACCGGAAUGGAUCCCGUGGGAUAUCAGUAGAACUGACUAGGAGUAGGACCCAUCUGCAAAA